ACGUUCUUGUUGUAUUCGGUUUCAAAAACGACUUAUAUCUCGUCCGACCACCAGCAAUCCAAAAUGGAUCCCAUAGAAUCCAAGAGAAUUACGAAGAAUUUGUUGUUUAUCAAAGACAAUAUCACUCAACUUGAGAAAAUUAUGGAUAAACUUAUAGAAGAUGAUUGUCUUGGAAUGGAUGAAAGAGCUGAUAUUUUGUCUGCUAAGAGGACAGAUAAACAAUGCCACAAACUGCUUGAUAUUUUACUAAAGCGAGGCGGGAAUUCUUACACCUCCUUCCUAGAGGCAUUAGAAGUAUCGGGGAAUCAUCACGUGGCAACGCGAAUACAACAUAAAGAGCUGCAGAAAGACGAUACAAGCUCUCAGCACCUGAAAGAAGACACAUUUACAGUUGAUGCAAAGGUCGAGUUUGAAGAAGCUGAGGUACUCCAGUUGUAUGAAGAAAAAGAAAUGUAUUUAGAAAGAGUCAAGGAACUGGAAGUCAGCUGUACACUUUUACAGAAUGAAAAUUUUCUGAAAGAGCACAAAAUUGAAAAGCUGAAACAGGACGUCCGACUUUUAAAGCAAAACGUCCAACAAAAGUAUGACGAGAUAGACAAUGUAGACGAGACAUGCGUAGAACAUCUAAGGAAGUUGGAUGAAGUUGAAGCUCAAUGUAAAACACUAGAGGAAGAAAAUGCACAUUUACAAAUAGUUCAAAGAAACUUACAGGAAACGAUCAGCGAUAAAGAGGUUACCAUGACAAACCUGAACCAAGAGAGAGAGUUCUAUAAGAAGCAGAUGAACAUCCUACAGGGUGAACUGAGGCAGUUACAGAAUGAAAGUGCAGAAAAAGAUGCCAGGAUUCAAACACUGAACGAGCAAAUACGAGAACUUAAAAUUGAUCUUCAGAACACCCGUCAAGCCAUGGACAAAAUGGCGACUGACUCACGCGUUGCUAUGGAACAAUUGAAAACCGAUCAUGGCAAUCGAUUCAAUCAGUUAGACAAUAAGCUCGAUUGUGUCUUAAAAAUGCUGAAAUGUUCAAAGAUGGGAGAUGGAAACCUUUUAAAAUCAGCAGAUGUAAACAAGAAUACAAGGAAACAAAGCAUAGGGUCACAUAAAUCUGAGAAUCGUUCGAGUACUAAUGCUUCCAAAACUAAACCUGGUACAAAUCGUAAUCAAAAGAUUUAAGCAUUUGCAUGUACUUUAUAUGAGAUUACGUGUGAGCGUGUACUAUAUAUGUUUUAUUUAUUAUAAUACUUGAUGACUGAUGCUAAUAAACUGAUUUUUUUCUAAA